UAUUUGGCGAAAGCUGUCCGUUGAGCUGCCCGCGUCAUGACUCCGAAGUAUGCGGAGAAGUACAAGACGAUCCGUCUGGACACGAUCGAUGGCGUGUGCGUUGCAACUAUGGACUCGGGUGACAAGGGAGGGGUCAACCUGAUCACUGGCAAGCUCUUCAAGGAGUUUGGAGACAUGGUCAAGAACGUGGCGCGUGACGAUUCCAUCCGGGUGUUGGUGGUUCGCAGCGCGAAUGAACACUUCUGGCUGGCGCACCUGGAUGUGCGCAGCAUCCUGGAGGAACCGAACCCCCCAGUGGAGCGGGGGCAGGUGCUCAACCAGUGGCAUUCCAACAUGGAGAUCCUGCGGAACAUGCCCAAGCCCACCAUCGCUGAGCUGGCGGGGCGUGUGGGCGGUGGCGGCCACGAGUUCGCCAUGAACUUCGACAUGCGCUUUGGCCUCUACGGCGCCACUCAGAUUUGCCAGAUGGAAGUGCCGCUGGGCAUCAUCCCGGGGGGCGGCGCCUGUGCGAACCUCCAGCGCUUCCUGGGCGCGGGCCGGGCCAUGGAGGUGAUCCUAGCGGGCGAGGAUCUGAGCGCCGAGACGGCGGAGCGCUGGGGCCUGCUGAACCGCUGCUUCCAGAGCCGCGGCGAGCUGCAGGCGCACGUGGAGACCUUGGCGCAGCGCCUGGCCUCCUUCGCCCCUGAGGCCAUCCGCUGCGCCAAGGAGGCGGUGCUGGCGGCGGAGCGCAUGCCCCACAGCGAGGCGCUGAAGGAGAACCUGAUGCUCUUCUACCGGUCCCUGCGGGGCCCACAGGCGCGGACGCGCAUGGAGGCCUUCCUGCGCGAGGGCGGCCAGACUUUGGAAGGGGAGCUGGACUUGCAAAAGACCCUCAGCAAGCUUUGAGGGCGAAGGACCCGACAUGAGACGCCAAAGACGCGCCGCAGCGCCAAGAGCUCCGUUGACGAUGCCUUUCGCGGGGCAAAAGAAAGGCCGCGGACGGCCGUCGUUUCAGAAGGGCGAGGCAAGACAUCGCUGCUUCAGGAAGAUUGUGGGACCUGUGUGUGCUUGUGUGUGUGUGUGUG